AUGCGAGGAAUGUUCUCAAUGACACUUGUGCUGCUUGUGGUCUUGGUGGUCACAGUAGAGACAGGACACAAACAUGGUGACAAAAAAAGAAAGCCAAAGAGGGGGCAAGCAGAGUGCCCUGAGAAGUGCUUUGUCAAAUGUGUUCCCAACGCUGGUGACUUUGGGGAUGGGUUCUGUGAGGCAACCUGCAGCAAGCACACCACCAAACAAUGCAAUAUCCCUUGCAACUGGAAGAAGGCCUUUGGCGCUGACUGCAAGUACAGGUUCACCAACUGGGGAGAGUGUGACACAAACACCGGCACCAAGAGCCGGUCAGGAACCCUGAAGAAAGACCUGUUCAAGUUAGAGUUAGUUCAAGUUAGGCCACCAUCUAGGUGA